CGGCGAAUUUGCUUUUCCCGAAGAAUUGUUGUAUAGCGACCUCAUCCGAGCCUUCGGAUUGGCCGCUAGCUCACGUGACUUACUCUCUAACCCAUACAGAUUUGCACAUACACAUAUCGCACUGUUUUGGGUUGUCGUCUGCUCGAUGUCAAGACUCCACAUACGGCAGUUUGUGGCAGGAAUAAGCAGUUUUAAUAAAUAUUAAAAAGUACGCGCGCUUAUCUGCAGCAGUUUACUGUACAGCUUAUCAUUUAAGCGAGCAUUUGGCACAAUAUCGACAACGCCAGUAUUUUAGUCAUCAUGUCGAUUCAGAUGACACACACAACUAAACCCUGUGAAUCAGGUGUACCAAUCAAGGAAUAUCCUGACUUGCUGGCCAUCCUUCCUGAAGGACAGGAAUAUCAUGUCUGCUGGUAUUCAGCAAUGGGUGAAGGCAAGUUUAAGUGUGAAAUAAGAGUGCCCAUCACUACUGCAGAAGAUGCAAGAGCUUGGUUUGACCAACACAAGAAAAAGGCCCAGAUUACAUGGCGUGUAAAAACAACUGCCCGAGUUACUGGGAAAGGAACCCUACUGAAAAUCUAUUACAGGUGUCAGCACAAUACUUUACCAAGAAGUAAAACAGCAGAUGAGAAGCCAAACUCCAAAAAUACAAAUUGCCCCGCUCAGAUGACCUUGACAGUCAAAGCAACUACCAUGAAAAAAAGCAGUGACCAUCAUUUGCCAGCUUUGCCUAUGAUUGUGCAUAUUGAGCAUGUGCAUAAUCAUCCAAUCACAGGCAAUGCCAAAGUAAUGCAGCACCGGGAUGUCUCAGAGGACACAAUUCAAAAAUUUAAAGAUUUGUUUGCUAGAGGGCACACUCCAGCAUCUGCUCUCAAUAUGCACAAAUUUAAUCUGCAUAUGGAGCACCCAGACAAUUACAUCUAUUUGGCCUCAGACCGUUCAGUUUGUCCAGACUUGAGUUUUGUUUACAAACUGUAUGCCAAAGUUUUCCAGAAGAGCUAUGGUGCAGAUUCAGGACAAGGUCUCCUGACUGCUGUAAAUAGUCUGAUUGAGAACUAUAACAAUGAACAGAAACUGAAGUGUGCAUCAAUGGAGCUCAUUAAGGACAAGACUGUGAUUGCUGUGUAUACUCCUUUAAUGAGGCGCAUUAGCGAGAAGCAUAGGGCCAGCGGUGAGCUGGUUUUCAUUGAUUCUACAGGAGGAGUAGACCGUUACAACUGCAGGGUCUUCCUCCUUCUUACACACAGUGCUGCUGGAGGUUUGCCACUAGGGUGCAUUAUAACCACCUCUGAGUCAACAGAUGCCCUAGAGCUAGGCUUUGACUUGUACAAGAGGCUGCUCUCAAAAGAUUCCUUUAAUGGACGAGGGGAGAGAGGGCCAGUUGUAAUUCUCACAGAUGACUGUGAAAUGGAGAGAAAGGCACUGAAAACGGUGUUUCCAGAAUCCAUUCUUAUUCUGUGCGUGUUUCACAUCCUUCAGGCAGUAUGGCGGUUUCUGUGGGACAGUAAGCACGCAGUUCCAAGAGAUGAUCGUCCUCACCUCCUGAAACUUGUCCGAAACCUUGUGUACGCGGACAAUCAACAGCAGCUGCAGGACUGUUACACUGUGUUAAGGAAUGAUCCUGUUGCUCUGCAGCACAGCAGUUUUAUAGAAUAUGUCAAACGAUUGUAUGAGCGUCAGCAUGUGUGGGCCAUCUGCCACAGAGAGCAGCUGCCUGUUCGUGGCAAUGACACCAACAAUUAUGUUGAGGCAGCCAUGCGGAUUUUAAAGGAUAGGAUCUUCCAAAGAGUUCGUGCAUACAGUCCUGCACAGUUGCUUGAUUUUCUGCUCACAAGCUUGCCAGCAUAUUAUGAGCGAAGGCUCAUAGAUGUCGCCAACGGACGCCUGGAUAUGACUUUAUCCAAGAAGUACGUACCCAGCAAGACAAAUUUCACUAAGGACAUGAUAACACCUUUGCCGAACAAUAUUUUCCAAGUGCACAGUGGGAAGGCGUGUUAUCUGGUGGACAUGUCUAUUGAAAUGUGCACAUGUAAGUUAGGAAAAAAUGGUGCACCAUGCAAACACCAGUUUGCAGUAGUUAGCCACUACUCACUGGAGGCUCAAAAUUUUUUGCCUAGAACAGAUGAAAAAAUGAAGUCUCACAUGAUGUAUCUUGCAACAGGCAAGCAGAAUGUGCCAUUCACAUGGUUUGCACCACUACGUGGAAGUGGGCAGACACAGGAUCUGGAAGAUUGCCUUGAGGAAAUAUCUGAUGCAGAAAAAGAAAAUGAACCUACGCAAUCAUUUGACUCACUUCCUCUUCACAAUGAUUCUGCAGACGAAUUUGAAAACCCUGUAUUACCUGAUGAGGAAACAACACUGAAAAGGAGGCAAUCAUUUGACUCACAUCCUCUUCAUAAUGAUUCUGCAGAUGAAUUUGAUAACUCUGUAACAUCUGAAGAGUUGACAACACUAAACUUAAGCAAAUGUGUCCUACAAAACGAGAACAUUGGAAAAAACCACACAUCCAAAUGGUAGCUCUAGAGAUUCUGGAAACAUGACACACACAUCGUCAGAAAUCAGCUUUUGAUAUCCUCCUUCACACACACAUAUACACAUUCUCUCUCACACUCACACUGAAAAAUAAUGAAGCAGCAGGGCCCAACUAAGUGAGCUUUUCUAAUAUUCCUCAGCAUCCAUUGCCCCUUUCCUAUUAGCUCAGUUUAACCACCUUUUUGAAAAUGGUUUGUUUCCUGAUGCAUGGUCUGAAGCUACCAUGCAAGCUUUACAUAAUAAGGGUGAUACUAAAUGUAUAUUUAUUUUUCCUAAAAACUUCUUGUAUAUGGACCUUACCCGAGCCUUCAGAUUGAGAAAACUGUAGAGGUAUUUCUCUGUUUAACAUCUGUAGUGAAAUUUACAUUUCUAUACUUAACAAAAGAAUCGCUGAAUAGAUUGAGCAACACAGUACUCUGGGUGAAGAACAAGUAGGCUUUAAGAGGGAUCAGCACAAUAGAUCAUAUACUUUGGUGGCACGUAUUUAGAAGCAGCUAGUAAAUCAUGAAAAGCUCUAUGUACCUUUCAUUGACUUCCAGAGAGCUUUCGAUUCAGUGAUUAGAGAAAAACUCUGGACCGUAUUACAGAAAAAUGGUAUACCUGGCAAAAUGGUUAAAGCUAUCAAAAGUAUGUUAAGGACAGAGUAAGGGUUGGUGGGGACCUGACUUUAUGUUAUAACUGCCCAAAAGGAUUAAAACAGGGUAAAUCUGCAUCCCUGUCCUAUUCUCUGCAUUUCUCAAUGAUUUAACACAUUAAAUUAGACAAAAGCUUACAUGGCUAUAUUAUGUGAUGAUUUUUCUGUACAAAUAUGGAUUUUGUUUCAUAUGGAAUAGUCAAGGGCUCUGUGUUCCAGUUCAUGGCAUGUUAUUCUGUUCUAUAGCGUCUAUAGAAUAGUGUUGAUGACACUGAGGAGUCUUGCAUGCCAACAGAUUGACCUCUACUCUUCACACUUGGAAGCCUACAUUUCAAAGGCAUUAAGCAGCAUGAGUACGAUCUGCAUGAUUGAAACAGUUUAAUAAGUAAUGGUUACACUUCGGCCUAGAGUUUUCAUAAUCUUAAUGGGCCCAUAUUUUUCUCUAAUCAUUAAGUCAUGUAUAAUAUAUUAACACUUAGCACUGUUAUAGAAAUCCAAGCCCUGGACAUUUGAAUAUUAAAACUAAGUUUAUCCUCCUCGCUGCUCACUCAUAACUAAUUGAGUACCCUGAAAAUUCAGGUAAAGAUGUUUAGCCAUCAUGCUUUCAAUCAAUCCUCUGGGUUGCCUUAUGUAAUAAUUUCACCUGUUUUGGUGACCAAUGAAAGUGGAAAAUAAUAUCAGGUCAGGACAUAGCAUGGAACUCUUGUAAAUCCUAAUAUUGUUUCUUGUGUGUAUGUUGCUAUUAUUAUUCAGAUGGUUUCCAGUAUAACAUUUAGAUUGCUGAAGGAAAAAACAGUAGUUACUAUCAAACGCUAUGGCAAAACAACUUGCUCAAAAUAAUAGGGAACACAAAUACCGAAACACAACAUGAUACUGGAUUGAAGAAUAUAACAGAAAAUGGACUCACUUGCUAGAGGCUUUACCACAAGAUAUGCACCAAAUGGAAUGAGCAUGUAUUUGUCAGUAUAGUCAAACCUGAAUUUGUUUAUGAUUAUGCUUAAUGUUAGUAAAAUAUACAAAGAAUGUUAAGAAUUGU